GACUAUGGCGUCUGUGCUGGGCCGCCCAGGCGUGCUGCGGUUGCUGCUGCGGCUGCGGAUGCUGCUCUCGGCGCUGAAGCCCGGUAUCCUUGUCUCACAGGCCGGACCCACGGCCGCGUUCGGCACCUCUAUAACCUGCGCCAAAGUGGCUGUGAAUGGCGUUCAUCUGCAUUAUCAGCAGACUGGAGAGGGAGAUCACGCAGUCCUGCUACUUCCUGGGAUGUUGGGAAGUGGAGAGACUGAUUUUGGACCUCAGCUCAAAAACCUCAAUAAGAAGCUCUUUACAGUGGUCGCCUGGGAUCCUCGAGGCUAUGGACAUUCCAAGCCUCCAGAUCGCGAUUUCCCAGUAGACUUUUUUGAAAGGGAUGCAAAAGAUGCUGUUGAUUUGAUGAAGGCGUUGAAGUUUAAGAAGGUUUCUCUGCUGGGGUGGAGUGAUGGGGGCAUAACCGCACUCAUUGCUGCUGCAAAAUAUCCAUCUUACAUCCACAAGAUGGUGAUCUGGGGCGCCAACGCCUACGUCACUGAUGAAGACAGCAUGAUUUACGAGGGCAUCCGAGAUGUUUCUAAAUGGAGUGAGAGAACAAGAAAGCCUCUAGAAGCCCUCUAUGGGUAUGACUACUUUGCCAGAACCUGUGAAAAGUGGGUGGAUGGCAUAAGCCAGUUUAAACUUCUCCCAGAUGGUAACAUCUGCCGGCACCUGCUGCCCCAGGUCCAGUGCCCCACCUUGAUUGUGCAUGGCGAGAAGGAUCCUCUGGUCCCGAGGUUUCAUGCUGACUUCAUUCAUGAACACGUGAAAGGCUCACGGCUGCAUUGGAUGCCAGAAGGCAAACACAACCUGCAUUUGCGUUUUGCAGAUGAAUUCAACAAGUUAGCAGAAGACUUCCUACAAUGAGAAUGCACACUUGAGUCUUGGUGGUUCCUCAGUGUGGGGUGUGAUCGUGUUGCUCCCUGUUACCAUGAUGCCUUUGAAACUCUCUACCUGAGCUUUCUACCCCUCCCUUCAGUCUUAUCCUGACCAAAUGAGAAUAAUGAUAUGUUGAAAACAGCCUCUGGCUUCAGGUGGUGGCUCACGGCUACAAUCUCAGCACUUUGGGAGGCUGGGGUGGGAGGAGCAUUGCUUGAGUCCAGGAGUUCAAGACCAGCUUGUACCACAUAGGGAGACUCUGGCUCUACAAAAAAAAAAUUUUUUUUAAUUAGCUAGGCAAAGUGGGACACAACUGUGGUCCCAGCUGCUCAGGAAGCUGAGGUGGAAGGAUCACUUGAGCCCACUUCAAAGGUACAGUGAGCUGUGACUGCAUCACUGCAUUACAGCCUGGGCAAGAGUAAGACUUUGUCUUUAAAAAAAA